AUGUCGACGAAACUGCUCGCACUCCCCGAAGCCCCGUCCUACACAGCCGACCGCUCUGCACCCACGCUCGUCUUCAACCCGCCAUCCUCUGCCCCCAACGUCUAUCACACCCCGCUGAAGUUUCUGCCCAAGGACGACAAGCGACGGCAACUGUACGCUGCCGCCCAGACCUACGCUACCACGGCCGCCCAUCGCCGCCAAACCUCACCAAUUGCCACGCCUGGCACUCCGCUGUCCUCGUCGUCUUUACUGCCGCCUCGCCCGACAUCUGCGCUGCCAGCCCCGGUCCGUGAACCCUACGAGAAGAAGUACCAUCUUACGGACGUUGACAUCGAAGAAAUUCGCAGCCUGCGCAAGAGCGAUCCAAAGACUUGGACACGAGUCAAGCUCGCCGCGAAAUUUGGUUGUAGCCAGUUCUUUGUGGGUAUGGUGGCCAAAGCACCAGAACGGGCUGCUGCUGUAACCCGGAGUCACGAGGCUGCGAGACAAAAAUGGGGGGAAAGGCGAAGAAUUGCGAGGGAAGACCGCGAGAGGCGGAAGUUGCUUUGGGGGAGAGAUGCUUGA